AGUAAAAUUCAGAAAAUUUGAGGAAAAAAAGAGCCUCCCCCUCUCUGUUUUGUCAGGCAGGCUGCAGCUCCGAUAAGCUCCGUGACUGGGGGAACGAUAUAAACGGUCGAGAAUAAUAAAUUCAGGGUCACUGAGAGACAAGCUUGCAUAAUGACAAACUGUAUUCAGUGUUUGUGGGUGUGUGACCGCGUUUCAUUGCGUCCCCAGAGCUUUUCGCAAGAGCUACCCCGGGGCAUGCAGUAUGAACUGUGAAUUCCUGUUUGGGACAAAAUUUGAGGUCAAAUCUCUCUGACUCCAUUAUGUAUAAAUACAUAGACCGCCCAAACAAACAUGUCUUAAUCAAAAGCCCAGUUAACAUUUCAUCAGCAGAAUCUACAGACCCAAAUGGGCACAUCUUUGUGCUUUGUGUUAGCCCAGUGAAACUGCUGUACUCGCAACAAGAAAUGAGGCAGCACUAUGUUGCUUGCCUAGAGGCACUCAAAAUGUAUCGGUUCCCAGCUAUGGCCAUUAUGAAAUCCAGCCCUGCUAGGGUACACACAGAAAAGGUGUGUUUGUAGGCUUCCGAACAACAGAAAGCAAGCCUAUAUUCAGUGCUCAAGAUGAAAGGGAGUGCCAAGAGUGCUCAACCGGCCAAUGUUUUAGACACAGGAAAGGAAUUUGUUCGCGUAUGUGUGCAUUCGUACAAAAAUAGAUUUUAUUAAAGGUCUUUGACAAAAAAAUAUGAUAUACUGUAAAAUGAAAUAAUUGCGUUAACGUUCGUUACUUGCGAUGAACGAAGUUACAUCAAAACUUUUUACUCCUAUGUAAAAUAGAAACGUUGCUUUGUUGAACAAGCCUUUUUCUUUUCCUAACCAUCCUCCGGAACCUUGAGCGUCCAGGUCAACAUAACUAGGCAAAUCAAGGCCGGCAGAGGGGGUAGGUUUGAAAGAGAAGAGAAAUCGAGAGAAGAGAAGAAGACAAGAACAGUAGUACGCAUCAACUUCAAGCUCUUCUGAAGUAAGAGAAAGACAUUUCUAUAUGAAAUGUUAUUUGAACUUUAUCAGAAACCCCUCCAAUGUUUAAUGCAUAACUUAUUACCUCUUACUAAAUCAUGUUGCAGCCACCUGAAUACUUAUCGUUUCUGGCCCUACUGCCAUGACGCUUUGAAAGUUUACGCAUAAUCUGGGGAAAAUAUUAACUAAACGAACAACGAAUAUACGAGCUGACUUGGGAUUGCUGCGACAUACGUGAUUUUUUCUUCCUUUUUAAAUCUGCAGGAUGAGGGAUUACCAGGAGUAGUUGAUAAGGUAGUUAUCGUCAUUAUUAUUUCCUUCAUUAAAAGCCUAAUUAUCACUCUAAUCAUCAUCCACAUCAUCACAACAAUGAAGAACAUCAUCAUUACCACAAGGCCGUAGCUAGAAAAAAAUUGUCCAGGGGGGAAGAACUCAGAUAUUUCGUUAAUUUGUCUUCGGGAAAGACGCUAUUUUUUCAAGUCUUUAUACUUUUAUUUCUGCACUUUUAAGGGGGAGGCUGCCUUCUAUGUCCCCAUGUUACCUACGGACCCUUACACCGUUAUUAUCAUUAUCGUCAUCACAACAACAAUUGUCAUUAUUACUGCCAUGACUACAAUGCCCACAAAUAAAAUUAUUGUAUAAUUUCAAAGGAUAAAAACGUCGGGAGACUGUCUUUUUUGGGUGCUUGCGAUAUUCAUAAUAGCAAGAUUUUUAAAGUAGUCUUGGCAUUUAAACUACUCUAUUUCAGUUUUCCGAUGGGGAGUGGGCAAAAUACUGCCUCGAGAACCAAAAAUUGCUAUAGUCAGUUUACGGGAUCUUGGACUGAUUUUUUUGCGACCAUCUCAAUGAGUCCAAUAUUUACUGUUCGCUAACAACAGAAUCAAAUCCCGCAAGAACCAUGAAUCCAUUGACCAAAUGGAUUCAUGGUUUGAAGAUAUCUUAGGAGAGUCCGAUGAUGAAGAGUUUGAGGGCUUUGAAAGCCAAGAAAUUGGCGGUUCAAGCUCGGAUAGCUCUUCCGAAGACGAAGGCCACGAGAGCGAAGACAUUGAAGACGAGAUUUGGUCGAGAAAUUCUUCGCUGAUCUCUAUUCCUGACUUCACUCCUAGAUGCGGCCCAAAAAACCUACAUGGAAACUUGUCUCCCCUAUCUUUCUUUGAGUUGUUUUUCAAAUCAGAGGUGAUAGAACUCAUUGUGACCGAGACUAGUAAGUACGCGGUUCAAUGCAACCCUGACGACUUUGACAACGAAGGGAGGAAGAAAACUAAGGACGCGAAUUGGUUCGACAAAGAGGGAAACAUCAAACCUCUAACUGUCGAAGAACUGAAGGCGUUUCUCGGCAUCACCAUCAUGAUGGGCAUUGUGAAGCUUCCUUCGAUGAAGGAUUAUUGGAGCGAAAGUGAGCCAUUUUUAUACCAGCCUAACAUUGCAAGACCCAUCGUGAGAGACCGCUUCUUUGCCAUUUUGCGUUAUUUGCAUCUGUGCGAUAACACAACGGCGCCGGCGAGGGGCAGCGCAGAGUUCAAGCCCUACAAAGCGAAGCCAUUCAUCGACAUAAUUCAAGCGAAAUGCUUAGACAAUUUUGAGGCCUAUUUUGCUACAAAAGGCGAAUUAUCAAUUGACGAAGCGAUGAUUAAGUAUAAAGGACGAUUAUCCUUCGUACAAUAUAUGCCAAUGAAGCCUACGAAACGAGGGAUCAAAGUAUUUUGCCUUUGCGACGCGAGCUCCGGCUAUAUGAUUACGUCCUCCAUCUACACCGGCAAAAAUCCCAACCAACGUGACGGCGGCAGUGUAAACAAAAUUGUGACGGAGCUCGUGUCGCCGAUCAAGAACUGCGGGUAUUUUGUCUUUAUGGACAAUUAUUUCUCAAGUGGCGGACUUUUUCGAGAGCAUCAAAUUUACGCCUGUGGAACACUGAGAAAGAACCGCAGCGAUUUCCCCCCGUGCUUGAAGAACGUGAAGCUCGCCAAUCAAGGCGACUCGGCCUUCGCACAUAAAGGAAACACGGUAGUCGUUUUAUGGCGAAAUAAAGCGGCAAACAAACCGGUGACUGUGUUGUCAACAGUGUGCGAGGCCGGGGGGGAUGACACAGUGACCCGGAGGAGAAAAAUCAACGGACAAUUCACGCAAGUGGAGAUCAACAGGCCGCCGAGUGUCUCUCUAUACUGCAAGCACAUGGGCGGCGUUGACCUCAGCGAUCAGCAUCGCUCAUACUAUACGGUAUCCUCGAGACGACACGUGAAAUGGUGGAAAUAUUUAUUUUACUUUUACAUGGACAUCUCAAUAAUCAACGCAUGGCAGCUCCAUGGACAGAGUGCUGAAGCGAAACUUACUAACUUCGAGUUUAGACUUGCACUUGCAAAGAGCCUCAUUGGAACUUACGAGGGAAGAUAGCGAGCCGGACGUCUGCGCAUUCUCCCGGUUAUCGCGGAUGUCGAGCACUUUUCGGAGAAAUUGGCAGACAAGGCGAAAGCCUGUAAAAACUGCCAAUCUAAGAACAAGCGCUUAAAAGCUGUAAAUAAGGCAGUGAAACGUGCAAAGGAAACGCGAAACGGGUGCCGAAAGUGCGAUGUUCACUUGUGCGUGGGAGACUGCUUUCGUGAAUGGCACCAGCAGCGCAGAGACGACAACUAAUAAACUGAAAUACGGACAUUCCCCUGAUUGAGGAAAGGACAGCAAUAACAUUAGAGCUUAGUUUAAUACUCCAUGCCACUGAAUUCUAGUUUCUAUAGCUUUCUGCUUAGGUAUAGUAAAUUGUUCUCUUGACAAAGACUGUACAAUAGGUGGAUUAGUGGCGGGAAAUUCAAAAACAUGAUUUUCAUUGCUUUGUAAUUUUCUUAAACCAAGCUUGUUUGAACCCAUUUUAGGCUUAAAAGAAUACUUAUUAUAUGGGAGUAAGCAAUUUCUAUAUUGUUAGCUACAAUAAUCAGUAGUUUCCUUACAAUAAAGCAAUGUUUGAAGGUGACUAUAA